AUGUUUCGGAAUUCUGUAGAAGACUCAGGCGAGCAGAACAAUUUAAACAUUCUAGAGACCGUGAAACACACUCACUCACUAUCUAUCUAUCUAUCUAUCUAUCUAUCUAUCUAUCUAUCUAAUAUAUUAAGAUAUAUUAAGCAAGCGGGUUCUCUCUUCUUAAAAGCCCGCCUUUAUCUCAUGCAGUCUCCUUUUCUUUCUCUCUUUCUCUUAACCUUCCAGUGUUUAUUCUUCCAAUGUUUCUUCUUUUUACGUUACACCAUCUCAUCUCAGUUGCAUACCGCGAAAUUCGGGGACCCUCCAAAGCAGAAAAAAGCAUUAGUAAUCAAGCGUUCGAACUCAUGUCGACGCCCUGCCAGCUUGGCUGGCCCCAGGGUGGGCAGCAUCCGCACUUACCACCAUUGGACAAAACCAUCGUUUUUAUUCUCUUUCUCCUUUCCACCUUUUCCUUUUCACCCCAUCUGCCCAGUAACCAUCAAACCAUCCCUCGCAACAUCGGGCCAUCCGUGCUUCCCAGAGCCCGCUACUGUGAUCGGUGUUCAACUUCCUCCCACUUUAGGAUGCAAAUCUUCCCGUCUGAUAUCCCGCCCCUAA